ACGCACGUGUAAUUUUUUUCAAACAACAUUCAAAACACGCUCAAAAAUUGGCUUGCGUGAUACUAUGCACGUUAUGUAAAAACAGUCUAUAUUUUGUGUAUUGAUAUUACCACAUCAGAAAAAGAAUUUGAUCUUGAUUUGAAGUGAUUAGACAUUGAAAACAUGGGAGACCCGGCUGAAGAAACGAACGUCCCAGCUGAAAAUGAAGAAGAAAACGAACCUGAAAAUGUUCAGCCAGAAAACGCCGAAGUAGAUCAACCGAAUAACGAAACUAACGAGGAGGCAUUAGCCGAGAAACAGCUCGAAGAACAAAAUGGCGACGAACCCGCUGCCGAUGCUAGCAAUGCAGCGCCGCCCGAUGAUCAAACGAACGGCGCCGAGAACACCGAAGCAGAAGUCUCGGCGGAAGUAAUUGACAACUCAGUUGAGUCGCCGGCAAUUACAGUUGCCGAGGAUGCACCAAAAUUACCCGAAGACGAACUUUCAGCCGAGACUCCAAAGGAGCCGAUAGGCACAGAAGCCGACGAAGCUGUCAAAGCCGAAGAGCCUAAUGGCGAAGGGACGGAAAGUAUCGCGGGUGAUGAUGCCUUGCCUGCUGAACAAGGAGGCGAAGGAACCGAGCCGACAGCGGCUGCGACCGAAGAACCCGAGUCCCUUUCGGUUGUCCGAACACCGGCAGCGGCCGAAGUUACUCCAGAGAAUAAAGAAGGCGAGGAGUUAGCCGACGAAAAAACUGGACAAGAGGAAGUAAAAGCAGAGGAAAAAGUUCCCGGAACUCCAGAAGAGCCUAAGAAGCCCGAAGGGCGAAACCAAGACGAAAGUCCGGAAACUCAAAAUGCAGAAGCAACGCCACAGGAAACGCCUCAAGAAACUGAUGUUCCAAUUACGUCUGAAGAGACUUCGGGGGCUCCUCUGUCUGGAACGACGCCACUCUCCAAGGCCAACGUGUCAGUGAAACUAGUUCUGGCUGCCAGCGAGACAACAACAACAGCGUUUCCAGUGGACAAACCCAUGAGAGACCUGAAACAGUUCCUAUCAGGAGCCAUGGAGAUCCCGCAGGAGUUCCUGGAACUGCAAUACAGCGGCCAGAUUCUGGACGACGACAUCACCCUGGCACAACUGGGUGCAACUCCUGCUGGCACUAUUGAACUUAAUUUGUACUCGACAAAUUCUAAUUUCGUCACAAAACGGUUGCAGUCUAAGAGUGAUUAUGUAAUGCCUGAUGUACUUAAUGUUACCGUCAAGGACAUAGAAGGUGAAAUGAAGACAAUUAACGUGGAGAUUGAGAGGUUCGGAUCUCAGAAGCCUUACUUGGGAGGGUACAGACACAAGGAUUUAGAAGUGGAGUUCCUCAAUGCAUCUUGUCAGACUAACACAAAACUUAGACCCUGGGACGGAAAGACGAGGUUCUGUCGGGACACUCAGACAGUUGAAGAGAAGCAGGAGUUGCAGCAGACUCACUAUCACACCUCCACUCAGAUGACAGGUGUUGACGUGUAUGUGUCCAACCAGACCGACAAACUCAUGACCCCUGGCAGGUACGAGACGGCCGAUCAGUUCCUGGGCAAGCGGAAAGACGCGACGGUGGUGAUCCAGUCUUACUUCCGCCGGUGGGCCUCGAGGAACCUGGUGGAGGGGUUGAGAGAGGACAGGGACACCAGACUAGAGUGGGAGAGGGAGGAGGAGUUAAGGAAGCAGAAGGAGAAAGAGGACAGGAUUAAGAAAGAGUUCGACAGACGCAUGAACCCCAAGUCGAAAGAAGACUUCGAUCUACUUUUCCACGCACUAGAGAAAUGGCGUAUCGAGGAGACAAAUGAGAUCGAGGCCAAUCUGACAGGUGCCCAGAAGAAGGCUGCUCUGAGUAUGUUGCUGGAACAGGAAACACAGCUGAUAGCAGCCAUCAACCGACACAAAAACGACUCCGACAAAGUCAACAAGGAGAAAUCUAUCAUGACAUUCCUAGAAAAGGCGUCGGCGCCAAAAAAGUGGAGGGGUGCAGAUGGUAAGAUGACGGAGAUGGACACGCCCUACACUUUGCGUGCACUGCAGCUGAAGGACAUCUACAACAGCAUCAACAUGAAGUAUCUCACUCAGGACGAGAGACUGGACAUUCUACUCACUCUCAAACACACGGUUAAGGAACACGACUGCAAGUUAUCCCAAGAAAUAGUCGAACUGAUCGACCGGGAGGCAGACCUGCUGAUGCGAGGUGUGAAGGAGGACAACUUGGAGGGACUCCGCAAGCGAAUCUCGACUCUCUUUCUCCAGUACUGCAAGACCCCCGCAUUCAACCCAGAAGCGGCCAGACUUAUAAAGGUUCCGCAGGACCCCUCCACCCUGAGGAAGGGGGUGUAUCACUGCCCCAGUUGCGGCCUCUACCUGCCCAGCACCGAAUUCCCCCUCUCCUCCAACAGUGCAUCCCCAGGCAAGUGUCGCAGCUGUCGCAAGAUCGACAAUGAUGCUCGCACUAGACAGGACUACAGUCACUACGUCUACAUGCUCAGACAACUCCGACUCAACGAGGAGAAGGUCGCAGAUGGCUCCAGAAUUGCACUGCUUCUCCAGGAGCAGGACCUGCAGUACCUGGUGGAGAACAUCUGGGGAGGCCAGAGUGCCCUGAGCCAGUGGGAUGACCUCUAUGACCUGGUGUUAGUGCGGUGGAACAAGUACACCGAGUGGAGUCCAUGGAACUGUAUUCUACUCACCAAAGAAGAGGCACAAGCACACGAACGCAUCGAGAACCUCGAACAGGCCUAUCGAGAUGUGUUUUUGAACCGAAUCAGACAGAAACACAGCCUGGCUCGCAACUACUUCUCUCGGCUAAGUGGGAUGGCCGAGAAAGUUCGGCCGGUUGAACCGAAAAGAGACAAACGAGUCCUCGCGAGCGACCAGGCGGAACGAAGGAAAGAAUUAACUGAACUAUUCGUGGCGAGUUGAAGAUUUGAAGAAAAAACAGUUUAUUGAAAUUUAUAUAAAAAUGCAUCAGUUUUUAAAUAUAAAUUCAGAGAAAAUAAUCUAUCUGUUCUCAA